AUGAAACCGGCUGCUCUGCUGAUAUUCAGCUCGCUGCUCACCAGAACGUUAUGUGUCAUAGCGCCUCAAGUGUCAGAUUUAAAAACCGGUGACAAAAUAAUCAACAGUCCAUUCUGGCACGAAGUGUUUACGGAGACGUAUGAAUACCCCGAAGAAGAUAUAUCUACGACUACAUCAGAACCGCUUCCGUUCUUCGAAGAUGACGCGUCAACGAAUAAUGUGACAGCACAGUUGGGUAGUCGAGUUCAUUUACAUUGCAGAGUACACGAUUUAGGGGAGAAAACUAUUUCCUGGGUUCGAAGAAAAGGUGAAGAUCUGCAUCUGCUCUCUUUUGGAAGGCAUACAUACUCAGCUGACUCCCGUUACUCGUUGGCUUUUGAACAGCCGAAUGAUUGGCGCCUGCUCAUUCAGUAUGUGAGCGAAAGGGACGAAGGAUACUACGAGUGUCAGAUCUCGACACAUCCGCCGUUGGUCAGAAGAGUGCAUUUAAGUGUUGUCGUGCCAAAGGUGGAAAUAAUAGAUGAACGUGGUCAGCCUCUUCAGGACAAGUUCUACAAAGAAGGUUCCAUUAUAGAGCUUCGAUGCAUCAUCAGUGAAGUUCCUCAACCAGCUAGCCAGGUCAAUUGGAAGCAUGGGCGUCGGUUACUGAACUACGAUACAAAGAGGGGUGGUGUCAGUGUAAAGACAGAAGCGACAUCGAAUGGGGCAUUAUCAAGACUGUACAUAGCAAACGCAAACAGGAAAGACUCUGGAAACUAUACGUGCUCCCUUGCUGACGUCACAGCUUCUGCAGUAGCCGUUCAUGUCUUGAGGGGUGAAAACCCCUUGGCAAUGCAGCGCGGUGAUACAUCAGCUCUGCGUCCAUCAAUGCUUCUCCUCUUCGCUUUUAUUAGCUGA